AUGCUACUUUCAAGUGAGCCUACUGUCCCACCUACUAUACAAAUGCUAAUCGAGGACUCUAGGCUAAGCGGUCCGUACGGAGAUUGGAGAGACGACCUUGAGAACCAAGGCUAUGCGAUCAUCAAGAAUGCCAUCGACCCCGAGAGGGCCCGGGGCUAUCAGCGUAAAGCCCUGGACUGGCUCAAAUCCUUCAACCCCGCCCUCGACCUAGAUGAUCCUUCCACAUGGACUAGGGACAACUUGCCUGUCCACAGCAAAAUCAACACAUUCAAUGGGUAUUGCGUCACACAUGAGAAGUUUAUGUGGGACGCUCGCAUGGAGCCAAAGAUUUUGGAUGCCUUCGCCAAGAUCUGGGGCACCGACGAACUGCUCGUCUCGUUUGACGCGUUGAACAUCACUCUGCCAAACCGAAAAGACAAACCUGCUCAAAAACCAUGGCCCCACGUGGACCAGUCCCCAAUGCGUCGUGGGCUCCACUGUGUUCAAGGCGUUAUCAAUCUCAGUCAUGCGGGUCCCGAGGAUGGAUCCCUUAUGGUGUUCCCGAAAUCCAACAAAGCAACCGAGGGAUUCUUCGACACCGAGACUGACCCAUCCACUUGGGAGCACAAGGACAUACGUAAUUUCACCGUGGAAGAAAUCCAGUGGUUUGAAGAUCAUGGUAUGAAACCACAUAAGGUGCUUGCAGAGCCUGGGGACUUGCUCGUGUGGGAUUCACGGACUGUGCAUUGGGGUGGGGAACCAACUGUCAACAGCAACACGAUCCGAACGGUGAUUUAUGCAUCGUAUGCCCCGGUUGAGCUAGCCACGAAAGAGAGCUUGAAACUAAAGAAAGAAGCCUUCGAGUCGUAUCAAGCAACGACUCAUUGGCCACAUGAGAAUAUAAUUAAACGUGAUGGAGUGGUGUAUCUCCCGGAUGGUAAGGUCGAUCCUCGCAAUCGAUCUGUACCAUUGGAAGCCCCAGAGCAUACAGAUCAAUUGCUUCAACUAGCAGGAGUAAAAUCCUAUCGGAAGCGAAAGUGCGAUGGCCAGAAACCAACAUGUGGCCUCUGCACCGAUGCGGGGGCUCAGUGUGUCUAUCAAGAAAGCGACAGGGUGCAGGAUAUCCCGGCUGAAAUCCUGCUUCGCUUGACCCAUCUGGAAACCCUGAUCGAGCAACAAAAGGACGCCAUCACCGAGCUCUCAGCCCGAGUAGCCCAAGAUCAUCCGGAUCGGUCGACUGCCCCUGUCUAUUCAUCACAGCCAAAAUACGACUGGGACCCAUCGCCGCAGCAUGUAUACGAUAAAGCAUCCUUCAACCUCUUUUCGCCGGAGAACCCAUACAGUCAUGGAUAUACAUAUACUAUUCCUCCCCUUUACGACACGCCAACAGGAAGUUUGUUUGCAUUGGAUCGAAUCAGAAAUUUGAUUGGCACCUACCCUGAAGAUUUCUUCAGGCAGAUAGAGAUCAAGCGCCCAUUCAACAGCAGCCAGGUUGCAGGCAUACCCCAGACCUUUGAACAAAUCGAUAGAUCCCGACUACUUCCCCAGGUCACCAAACCUCUGAUCACCGAGUUCCUCAACCAUGUCCAUCCAUUCUUCCCAGUUCUCGAGCCGCAGUUGUUACAUAUGCUCUUUGAAACUUUCUCAACAUACACCAAGGUCAACAGCAUCCAAACUUCACUUUAUCUCAUUAUUCUGGCCCUAGGAAAGGCCUCUUCGAACCCUCGGCGGAUUUUUAAUAUCGAAGCGGAAAAGGAUCUGAGUGGGAUGGAAUAUUUCGCUUCCGCAUAUCACUACUUGAGCGGGCCGUUGAUAACGUCCUUUACAGCGGACCACUUGUUGCCUUUGGCUUUAUUCUACGGCUCUUUGUAUCUGCGUCACAUAGGACGCCCAAUUCAAGCAUGGCAAAUGAUUCGUGAAGCUUCCUGUAGUGUGGAGAUCAUGAUUACCGGUGAUGACCUCGCAGAGUUUCAUUUCCCUGCGAGUGGCAUUGAAGUCCUCGUCGACAGAUUGCCCUUUCCUCGAAUCUCGGAAGACAGCCGAAACGGCCACCUUGUUUUCCUUGCAAUGUGUUCGAUUCGAAAGCUUCUCAACCGUGUGCACAGUGCUCUGUAUGCAAGAUCUAACCAGGAGAAUUUCCAAUCCAGCCCUCCGCCCCAACGCACCAGUGAUACGCCUGGGGGCAACCCGACCCCCCAGAAGUAUUCGAUUAGCUCUCUUAAGACAAUCAGCGAGGAGCUCGAUCGUCAGUUGGAGGACUGGUUUAACUCUCUGCCAAGUCCCAUCCGGCCAACCCUAGGAAAUACGAUAUCCGCGGAUCACCCUUACGAUACUUACAUUCUUGCCCGGUACUAUGCCACAAAACACGUCAUCUGCCGCCCGAGUCUUAUUUUCGCUGCCCACAGCCAGGGCAGUGGAGCAUUGCCGGAGUUUGUUUUCGUGAAUUGCAAGAAGUGCGUCGACAGCUGUCGCAAAUUCGUCUAUGCAUCAUCGAUUCUUAUGCGGCAGAGAACGCACUCAAACUGGCACAGGAUGCAAGCGUAA